AUGAACCUCUUCGCCACCGCCUGCAGCAUCUUUUGCCUAGUCAUCAACACGGUAAAAACAGUGCUUAUACACCAACCGCCACCCAAGGCUGCCUACAAUACAUCCCACACCGACGUAAACGACGCCAAAGUGCAAGCCACGGGCACCCUCGCCUACCGGGGCAGCAUGCUCUCUCAACUUACUCAACGACGAAGUACCUACUCGGAUCUCCAAAGCCGGUCAGACCUCCUGUCGCCUGCAGAACACCGGCUGGGACCGUCACUGUCUCCACCCAGCACUAAACUGAAGAUGUUGUCUUGCUGACGCUACUGUACGGGGCGGAGACCUGGGCGGUGUACGAACAGCAUGCGCGAAGACUCAACCAUUUCCAACUCAGCUAUAUUCGGCGGCUAGUAAAGUUGAGGUGACAGGACUGGAUCCCGGAUACGGAAGUACUGCAACGGACAGGAAUCCUCAGCAUACCCUUGUGGAUAGACGACAAGCGGCUGCCCAAACGACACUUCUAUGGAGAUGUCACCAUGGAUUGUUGUCGAUAAGGGGACAAGGCCCGGCGUUACAAGGAUACUCUGAAGACCUCCAUGGAGGAUCUGCAGAUCAACCCGCCAAACUGGAAUGACCCCGCCAGAGACCGACCGGCCUAUAGGAGGGCAGCGAAGACAGGGGCAGCCAUCUACGAAGCCACCCACAUAACCGCCGUCAAAGCCAAGUGCGAAGCUCAGAAAUCCCAACUGUCCCCACCUGACACCGCUAACAAUCAAUCGUUCCAAACACGCCAACGGUUUCACGAACGUUGCGAGCACCAAUCGGUCUUAUUGGGCAUCUUCGAGACAACUGUAGCACCCGGGCGACCCCUGUCUCGCCCCUUGUCAAUAAUUAACCUCUCACAGUGCUCUAUCCCAUCCGUUGCGGUCCUCCAGCACCUUCCUCGCCUCACCAUCUGCUGCGAUGGCUCCUGCCCUCAUCACCAAUGA